CAUUAAGCACUGGACAGCGAGGUCUUUAAGCACUGGACAGCAAUUCAAGGACGUUAUGCACAGGGCUGCGAGGACAUUAUGCACUGGGCUGCGAGGACAUUACGCACUAGGACAGAAUGCAGCGAGGAGAAAUUUGAAGAGCAUCACUUGAAAGAUAAGCUCUUGCCUGGAACUAUUGACCGUAAAGACAUGCUCAUUCUCUAUGGACUUUACAAACAAGCAAAGAUUGGAAAUGUGAACACAGAUCGUCCAGUACUCAGUAAUGGGAUGGACAUAGCAAUGUGGGAUGCGUGGAAGGCUUUUGAAGUGUUCCAGAACGCACAUAUAUAAUACACAGUGCAUACAGAGGCAAGGAACAAGCUAGAACUAACAAUGGAAAUGUAAAGCAAUCAUAGAGCCCCAAAGCAUACAAGGCAAUAACAAAUGCAAGGAAUUAUU